AGUAGCAAGAGUUCUGCUAACUGAAUGACAAGAAAAGUAGUAUAAGCUGUUAAAGAAUGUCAUCUUGUUGAGUGCCAUGUGUUUAGUUGACAUAUUUUAAGAUGGUCUUUGACCAAGAACUGUUCUUGUUCUUUGUCUUAUCUUAACCUUACCUUGUGGAUUUGUCCUUGUGAACAUGAUGUAGAAACAACUAGAUGAUGUGAAGCUCUAAUUUUCAAGUAUUUAUGGUGUGGAAAGCAUACAUAUGCCAUUGCUCAGCACAAAUAUCAUAGAAGCAUAUAGAGGAAGCUGAUGCAAUCAAGUGGAGGAAGCAAUACACCAGACCUCUUAUUGAUCUGCACAUGAAGAUAUACUGUUAUGAGGGAAUGGAGCCAUGGAGUUUGAAGAAAAAUACAAUUAGUGAUGUGCCGGAGGGAGCCAUAAUCACACGUGAACAAACUCUACUGAAUAACCUGUUUAGUUGCCUGUGGUUCGGUGAGGUCCAUCUCUUCACACCGAGAGAUCAGCUGAGUUUUGGCUAUGUUGUCUAAAGGUUAGGUGGGUCGUUUAAGUUCCACAUGUUUCCAAAUUGUGAGUACACUUCACUGUUUGUCUUGCACCUACAUAAUCGGGAGCAUUCCUUCAGAGUAGAGUGGGUGAAAAGUUGGAGUGAGUUUAAGGGUAAUGGUAGUAGUCUGAAAGAAAGUAAAGGUGGUUUUGCCUUGUGGACCCCUUAUCCCGGGAACCUCGAUUCAAUUGUUCUUCCUAAAGUAGUAAGAACAUCAAAAGCAGGCUGAGGUUUACCCAGUUCAUUUUUAUCAUUCCUGUGAAUUCCAAGAAUUAUUGGAUGGUUUUGUUUUGUUUGGUCUACACAUCCAUGCGCAUGAGGGAAAUCCAAGUGCUUAAGAAGUACUACUAAAGGGGGAGUAGAUAUUUGUCUGUCAAAUUUGUUUGAAGAUGAUGCAACUUUCAAAGUAAACAAUAAAAUUGAUGAAGAUCU